UUGUAUAUAUCAAAACCACACAUGUGUUUAUGUGACCAAACAUUUUGAUUGAUUGUUAAGAGAGAUAACGACAAUCAUAUCAUACCAUCUCAUCAUAACUUUGAUAUUAAUUACAGUGAUAUCCAAUACAGUGAUUAACCGCCGCCGAUGAUGAUGAUGGCCGACGACAACAGUAACGGCAAAGACAACGACAACAACGCCAAUAGCGAAGACUAUGUUUGCGAAGAACUGAUCAACGGUUUCGACGCCUAUGCCGGACAUCUGAAAGAUCUGAUCAAAGGUUUACGACUGAAGAUCAAACAGCUGACCGAAGAAUUGGAUGAACUGACACGUAAAGUGUCCACUGAUAGCGGUGGUAGUGGUGGUGGUGGUAACGAUAAUACCGAAGUUAUUGAUCAGUUGCUAAAGACAUCCAGUUUAUUGGCCGAAGAAAAUGAAGAACUGAAAUUGGAAAAAGAGACGAUGGCUUUGGAAUUGAAUUCAAUGGAAAAUGAAGUCCAUUCGCUCAAUCAGGACAAGGAUAUGAUGAGCAAAGAGUUGCGAGAAGUUAGACAUGAAAACGAUUUACUUAUACAACAGAUGCAAAAGUUAACACAAGAGCUGAACAAUGAAAAAAAACUGAUUAAACAGUACAACGAUUUGGCCAAAAGUAUAUUUGCCAGCAAUAGUAACAAUAACUUCAACAACAAUCACAUUGUCAACUCAUUGCCGGCUUUUAGCGAACAAAUGGUUUUGAGUCAGCGGCCGAAUUCGGUGACCACUUUCGGUUCGUUUUCGCAAUGCAAUGGCGGUCUGCGGCUACAGUCGUCUCAGUCGCACGAAGACGACGAAGAAACCUAUCACAGCGCCCGACGGCAAUUGGCUAAUCAGGCGAGCAAAGAGACGGCCAGCGAUGAAACCUUUUACGAUGCAAAGACAUCGAACAGUCAUCGAUCGUCACUGACGACUACGGCGGCGACGACCACCAAACCACAAGUACCGCCGACUAACGAACAAACUGUACCAACAGAAUCUGGUCAUCAUAAUCAUCAACAACAACAACAUCGGGAGCCGAUCACCGCCGCGACCGGUGGUAACGAACACGACGAAUCAUUUACAUUAACCACUACAACAACAACUACUACAUCCAAUUCAUUUGAAAUGGACGACAACGACAAUCUGAAGCUACUGCUGGUCAAAGUACCCUACAAUCGAUUGGUUGCCGUAUCCGUAGCCUAUGCUGUUUCGCCGUCCGAUUUCUAUUUGCACAUCAAUCCCGACGAUGUCUACAACUAUAUACAUGUCAUACAACUCAAACAGGUCGAGUUGGCUGAUAAACCCAACUCGAGGCUAACACCGGCCGACAUUGUACUCGGUAUGUACUGUUCGGCAAUCUAUUCGGCCGACGGUAACUGGUAUAGGGCACAGAUUACGUCCGUCCAAUACGAAAACGAUGUCGAACGGGAUUCAAUUAAGUCGCUAACCGUCCAUUUUAUUGAUUGGGGAAACUCGGAGGAAGUACCGCUAUCACGGGUCAUGCGUCUAUCGCGUGACCUAAACAAACGUAAACAAGCGAUUCAUUGCUAUAUCCAAGGACUCGCUUACGAAGAUAUCCGAUGGUCGUCCAAACGAUGCAAAGAAUUUCGCGAUUUACUCGAAAAAAACGGUAACAACAAUCGACUGAGCGGUUCAUUUCAAAAGGGCCAGAAAGUUGACGAACAAUUGGAUAGUUUUAUAUAUCCAGUCGAUCUGGUCAUUCUGGACGACGACGGAAAAUCGCAUAAUUUAGUUAAUUUAAUGAAGUUUACCUCAGCCGAGGAGGAGGAUGAGGACAAAGAUGAAGCCACCAAUAAUGUGGACAACAACACCACUGUAGUCGAUACCGCUGCCGACAAUCGGCUCAAUGGUGGAGCAGUUGAUCCUAUUUUGACGCCAAACAAAUUAAAGAGUAAUCAACAACAACCACAACAGCUGAUGAAAGUACCGAAACUAUUGUCACAGUUGCGACCGCCCGGCCGUAGCGAUUGUAUACAAGUACCGCCGCCAAUAAUACCGGAUAUAUCGGACGGCUUAAUCGUUGAGUGUAUGUUUCCGAUAAAUCCAUCACAAUUUUAUACACAUAUAAAUCAUGUGGAUGUCGGUAGAGCUCAGUGGGAGGAUCUGGAGGAGCAGCUAAACAACUGCUACAAUAAGUCAUCUCUACUGAUGACUCAGUUAACCCAACCGUCUCAAGUGGACAUCGGUUCGUUUUGGGUGUGUUGUUGGGCUGACGAUAGUCAAUGGUAUAGGUGUCGUAUUGUCGAUGUCAAAGGCCAGGAAGCGUUGAUCUAUUAUGUCGACUACGGCAACAAAGAAUGGGUUAAGUGUAGCGAUCUUAAGCCACUUACCCGACAGUUUGCCACAUAUCCGGCACUGGCCGUCAAAUGUUGUCUAUCAAAUGUUUUACCCCUGAAUAACAAUGACUGGUCGGAUGAUAGUAUUGAUUAUUUUAAGGAAACAAUUGCCGACAAACCGUUGACAGCAUUUGUUGCCAAUAAACCCGAAAAAUUUGAUUUCGAUUCAACGCUCAGUGUAUUCUUGUGGACAACAGAUGAUUCGGAUGACGAAUCCAAAGAGAUAUUAGUUAAUUCGCAUUUAGUGAUCAACAAGUUUGCCGCCACUGAUAAUAGUGAAUGGAUUGAAGAAACCCAGAGAGCCUUCAGAGAGCUGACACCACCACAAGUGAUGAACGAAUUGAUUCCCAAACUUAAUAGUAGUUUCACUACUACUACUACUACUACUACUAAUAAUAAUAAUAAUAAUAAUAAUGACAGUGUAAUUGAAUGUACACCUAAUGGAUUAGUGGCUGUCAAUGGCCAGAGCGAACCUGUAGCCGCGGCAGCGGCCAAACUGGUCAAUGGUCAAACCAAAUUGAACGGUGAUAUGAUUGAGCCAAAUAUUAUCGACGGCGGCAGCAGUGCUGGCGGCGAAACUUCUGCAGCAGCAGCUGCGGCAGCUAACUGUCCAACGAGUUGUGGCGGCGACGAAGUUACCGAUGUUGAUAAUUUGGGACAUAACAAAACAAAUGGUGAUAAUAAUAAUAAUGGCGCCAUUGAAUGGCCUAAAGUAAACGGCCACAACGGUCUGGCCAAUGCUGGUCUUCGAAUAUUACCCGAAAUGGAAAGCGAAUUUUCCGACGAUAACGAUUGGGAUCCUAUGUUUGAUGGCGAUAUAGGCGGCGGCAGCGGCGGCUACAACAACAUCAACAACAAUGACUAUUCAAUGAAUCCAUACGAUCCUCGAGUUAUGACUCUGGGCUAUAGAUUAAAAGAUCGCAAGACAUGUAAAUUUUAUGGCACCCGAAAAGGUUGCAGACAUGACCAGUAUUGCGAGUUUCUUCACGUAGAUCCCGACAAACGUUUCGAUUGUAAUGAAGCCGAAGAGGAAGUCCUAAAAAUAGCCGACACUGAACUAGAAGAGAAUACAUCGGUAGUAUUGCGUAUAACAUCCAUACAGAGUCCCUGUUCUUUCUAUGGUGUCCUACCAUUUGGUCCCUACGAUAUCAAUCAACUCGAUGUUAAUGAACAAAAUGCUAAACAAUUUGACGAACCAAAGAAAAUAUCGACAGAACUUAAAAAUGGCGAAUUAUUUGGUCAUUUACGACGAUAUUACGAUAAACAGGCAAAACAAGAAAAUCCAAACAUCUAUCUGGGAAUCGGUAGUCUAGUGGCCUAUAAAAAGAUAAUCGAAAGCCCGGCCGAUAAUAAAACCGGUACCGUCUACUGUAGGGCACGGGUUAUCAGCGAAGAUCCGGAAAAUACUGGUCUAUGCGAACUAUUCAAUAUAGAUUUCGGUACCAAUUGUACUGUCCAUCGAAAAUACAUCUACAAAUUGGUGCCGUAUUUCUAUCAAUUUCCCGCACUGGCCAUACAUUGUACGCUGACUGGCAUCGAACCCUACCAAUCAUCGAAAACGUGGACAGAGGAGGCCGUCAAUACGUUUGCUCAAUGGACCCUCGAUAAAAAUCUAGUUGCUUAUAUUAUGUACGGACGUACUGAAGACAAGUAUUCUGUAGAACUGCUCGAACUAAUCGAUGGCAAAGAAGUAUUUAUAAGUCAACGACUAAUUGAUGGACAAUUUGCUCAGAAAUGUAAAAUCUAUGGCCAUUUAGGACAAGAACAACAACAACCACACGGAUCUGAUGAAUAUGUUUACAAAUCUGAUUAGAAAUACAUAAUCUUAUUGAUUCAUUUGAUCACAAAUGUAUUUUUCUAAA